UCAAAUCUACAAAAGCAAAACAAAAUAGAAAGCAAUAAAAAUGAAGUUCAUGACAGUAAUGGUCAUCACAUUAGUGAUUGUCUCCAUGUCAUCUCCUAGAGGUUUCAAUGGAGUAGUGGCACAAUCUUGUGUUCCAACGGACCUAAUGUCAUGCUUACCAGCAAUGAUCUCGGGAGGAGCACCAUCUACGGAGUGUUGCGACAAACUCAAAGUACAAGAACCAUGUUUGUGUUCUUAUAUUAAGAAUCCGAUGUAUAGUUCAUAUGUUAGUUCACAAAAUGCUCGUAAGACGUUAACUGCUUGUAAUAUUCCUUAUCCUACUUGUUGAAGUUUUAGAUAUUCCUAAACAAAGUCUAAUGGUGACAAAAUAGUUAAUAAAAAGUA